GCGCAUUGGGUUUUCCAACGAUGGCUGCCACCAGCGCCUUGGAUGGUGAAAGCCUGGACCCUUGCAGGCGGGAUUUUAUUGUAUUUUCAGUAGCACGAUCGGUUGCCUUGAAAGUCUUUACGUACACCCUCAAGCUUGGGUUCAAAAGGCCCAAAGGGAGUUGUAUUGGCUGGGUGUCCGCCUUUCAGACUGUGUUGGUUUGGGGCGCCACGUUAAUGAGCACAAUUUCGCCCAUAAUUUACCAGUUAGAAAGCCAGGGUUGAGUUUUGACUGCUGUAACUAUACAGCGGUGUCCGAGAAGGGCAAACUUUGGCACGUUGAACGGCUAGUCAUUGGUGUGUUCAAUUUUGUCGCAUGUCCAUUGGACCUUCACAUGCCAAAAUAUAUAGGGAGGAAACUAGCAUCAUGAAUCCCAGCGUCGUGUGUGCUUUCGCG